UGUAAGUAUAGACCCAACCUGCUCAACCUUUCCCCAGGAAUCAGCCAAGUGAACCUUCUUUGAACUGCUUUCAUUGCAAAUAUGUCCCUGCUUAAGUAAUCCUGGGCCAAGAGCAGAAGGAGAGACAUUGUGAAUUUUUAUCCUGGACUGACAGGGAUGGAUUUUGGAAACUCCUUUUACAGGGGGUUAAAAGGGGAGAGUUUACACACAGCAAACUCAAACCAAGUGAAAUGUUUGUCUUUCUGAAUUUGUAAUCUCAACUGACACUUAUGACUUUUGUAAUCUCCUUUUAUGGGGAGUUAGAAGAUAUGAAGAUUGUGAGAUUUUUCUCUUACUCCAGUGCUUCUGAUAUCUUUUCAGCUUCAGGCAUCAACAGGUUCAGAAGGUAUUCGAAGUGGAGGAUCUGCAUUUGGGAAACUCAGCUCAAACAUCACAUCAGGAUCUGACAGAGUCGCCCAAUUUAUUGUAACCUGAAUAUCAUCAGAUUCUGAACAUGGAAGGAAAAAGCACCGUUCACAGUGGGGACAAACCGUACACGUGCUCUGUGUGUGGACGAGGCUUCAGCCAAUCAUCUGGGCUCACAAACCAUAAAUGCAGUCACACUGGACAGACACCUUGGAAAUGUGGGGACUGUGGGAAGGAAUUCAAUAAUCUGUCAAAGCUGAAAACUCAUCGACACAGUCAGACCGGGGAGAGACCGUUCACCUGCUCGGUGUGUGGGAAGGGAUUCACUCAGUCAUCAAUUCUGCUGAGACACCAUCGAGCUCACACUGGGGAGAGGCCAUUCGCCUGCUCUGAAUGUGGAAAGGGAUUCACUCAGUUAUCCAUCCUGGUGACACACCGGCGGGUUCACACUGAGGAGAGACCUUUUAAAUGUCCAGACUGCGGGAAGUGCUUUAAAAGUUCCUGGGAACUGAUUUCCCAUCGAAGUGUUCACACUGAGGAGAGACCUUUUAAAUGUCCAGACUGUGGAAAGUGCUUUAAAAGUUCCAGGGAACUGAUGUCCCAUCAACGUGUUCACACUGAGGACAGACCUUUUAAAUGCCCAGACUGCAGGAAGUGCUAUAAAAGCUCUGGGGAAUUGAUGCGACAUCAACGUGUUCACACUCAGGAGAGACCGUUCAGGUGCUCUCACUGUGGGAAUGGGUUCAGGCAAUCCUCUCAACUCAUUGUACACCAGCGAAUUCACACUGGGGAGAGGCCGUUCACCUGCACUGUGUGUGCUAAGGGAUUCACUCAGACGUCCCACCUGCUGACCCACCAACGAGUUCACACCGGGGAGAGGCCGUUCACCUGCACUGAGUGUGGGAAGAAAUUCACUCGUACAUCCCACCUGCUGACACACCAGCGAGUUCACACUGGGAAGAGGCCGUUCACCUGUUCUGUUUGUGGGAAGGGAUUCACUGUGUCAUCCACCCUACUGAAACACCAGCGAGUUCACAUGUGAGUUCUGGAAAAUGUUCCUUGGAAACUAGAAUUUUUUGUUCUGAAUUUCUAUCCUGGAGGGACAGAGAUGACUUUUGUAAACUGCUUUUACAGAAUGUUUGAAGGAAGGAUUUGCAGAUGUGAAAUUCAAACCAAAUGUCAUAUCACAGUCUGGCUGACUCACUCGAUUCAUCAGGACCUGAAUACCAUCGGCCUUUGAAUAUGGAAGGAGAAAUGUUUGCUGUUCUGUCUCUGGGAAAAGAUUUCAAACAUCAGUGUGACAGGAAUAGCACCGAGACACACCCACGUUCUUGGGGUUGGAUUCUGCUGUUAAUCACACCCAGAGUGUUCCAGUGAACUGACUGUGGAAAGACCAGUUACACAGCCUGAAAAAGCAUCACACCAUGGAGAGAACUGUGGAAAUGUGGGGACUGUGGUAAAGGAUUUAGUUAUCCAUCCCUGCUGGAAAACCAUUGGCACAGUCACAUUGGGGAGAGGCCGUUCACUUGUUCUGUGUGUGGGAAGGAAUUCUCUAAUUCAUCCAACCUUCUAAAACACCAGCAAGUUCAUACUGAGGAGAAGCCAUUCAGCUGCACUUCAUGUGGGAAGAAUUUCAGGCUGUCAUCUGCCCUCACUGCUCACCAACGCACACACACUGGGGAGAGACCACUCAUCUGCUCUGUGUAUGGAAAGGGAUUCACUCAGUCCAUAAGACCA